CGUUUUUCCCCAUUCCACCGUUUUGUUUCCUGACAUCGCUGCUUCCACCUCUAAUUGGAAUAUAAUCGUUGUGGCUACAUCAUGACUUCGAUUUUAGGAGCUGUUUUGCUCUUGUCGUUAAUCAGUCGAAGUAGUCAGCAACCAGCGCCAUGCAAGGAUGGCAAAUUCUAUGAGGCCAGCGUGUUCGACUACAUCAACUGCAGCGUUUGUACUGAGCAACCUCACUACGAGAACUGCCACACCUGUUGUUUAAAAAUCACGACUGCCUCAACAUCAACUGUAACAGCAACGCGCGAGAAAACUAAAGUACAUACGAGUCUCUCAGCAUCUCAGUUCGUCAAGACAGAAAAAAUGCCUUUCUCAUCAAUGGAAAUUGUUAUUAUGGGAUUCUUUUUCGGAUUUGUGGUCGGUGCUGUAAUAACUUGGCUGGUUGUGAUAACAGCUAGAGUCUGCUCCAAAAGGAGGAAAAAACUGAGAAAACUUAUGACUUCAAAUUCGGUAACAGCAACGCAGGAAACCCAGCUUAACCAGUCAUCACCGAUGGUUUUGGGCCAAACCGUUGGUGUACCUUCGGCAGCAGAUUCGUAUCACUGUUGAGCGGAAGAUAACUUCUUCGCGCGCGAUUACGAGGGGAAUACAAAUCAGAGGAAGAUUAUAAAAGCAGGAGAAAAUAUGUUUAUAAAAUGCAAUAGUUGAGUUCGGUUUCUUGAACUUCCAGUACUGGAUGAUGGUAAAAAAAAAAGAAAGCCAAGGGCGCUGAUUACAUAAGUUAUGUUAAGCAAGCAAAUCUACAGAAGCAAAGAUUCAGUUCUGUUCUUCGACUUUUGAGUGCACGCUAGCGUUUGUAUCACAACUGCAAAAAGUUCAUUCCAACAAUAGCUAUAUAAAAUGGGCUUCCUUACGAAGACCAUUUUGUUUGUCCUGUCAAAAAUAUUUUGUAAAUCGCAUGACCUCGCUCUAUAAAACUACAUUUAGAGGUAUUAUGUAAUCUUAAGUCACCAUGUGUAACUUACAAGACGCUGAAUUACUCCUAUUACCAUAUUUUAUGACUGAAGGUAUGUAAUUGAUAAUCUGGGCGGAAGUUGUAAGCAUUCUAUUUUUAAUAUCGAAUUGGUCAAAGUACAAGUUUAAAGAUAACAUUA